AUGACAACCCUUCAAAUCAAAGGCGAAGUGAUUGUCCCAGAUCGCUCUACCCCACCAUCUCAGUCGGUCUCAAGAUGGUCUGAUAAGGGAAUCAUUGCACACCCUGCCCUUGUCGUUGUCCCUGAAUCAGAAGAAGACAUCAAAGCUGCCAUAAAUUAUGCUCAAAGUACCGGACUGCAAGUACUACCCGCUGGUGGUGGCCAUGGCUCGUUUGUACCAAUUGGUUCCAAGACUCUAUAUAUGAACAUGAAGCAAUUCAACCAGGUAUCUGUCAAUAGCACAGCUCAUACUAUCACAGUAGCUGGUGGCGUUUUAACGGGACAGGUGAUCAAAGCCGUCACUGAGAAGGGCUUCUAUACAACAUGGACCAAUAGUAACGCAGUGGGCUUUAUCGGUGGCAUUCUGGGCGGAGGCAACCCGACCUUGGCGGGGAUACACGGAAUGCAGAUUGACCAGGUCCUGUCCGUUCGCUUGGUUACAGGCGAAGGCAAAGCUUUGGAAGUUAGCCCAUCUUCCAUGGGCGACGAACUCGCUUUGUUCAAUGCUAUUUGUGGGGCAGGGCAUGGCUUUGGUGUCAUCACAUCUUUGACUUUGAAAAUAUUCCCUAUCAGCAAUCUGCACCUUGCGGAAGAGGGCGUCUGGGUUCGCAGACUCAUCUUCCCACCGCCAGCACUCGAGACCGCAGCCACAGUCUUUGAGAAAUUGCAGCCCCUGUCCCCAGAGAGCACGGCUGCACUCGUAUUCGCCAGAGCACCACCAACUGCUCCCAAGCCAGGUGCUCCCAUGGUUAUUCUAACUGUUACGUACUACGGCCCAGCUACCGAUGCCGAGUCUGCUUUUCCAAUCUUGUUCGACAAAGCAGUGACCUCCAAGACCAUCGUCGCCGUAACAGCGCCAACCCAACUGGCAAAACUAAACGAUGCGUUAGCGCACUUUGACGUAAAGGGCGAUCGGAAAGAUAUUCAGUCUGCCGCUUUAAGUAAAGUUGUACCUGAGACAAUCACAACUGCAUUUCAGAAGUGGCUUGUUUUCACAGAGCAAUACGCGGAUGCAAAGCGUACAACCCUGGUUCUGAGCAGCUAUAGCAAAGACAAGAAUAUGGAGAUUAGCCAAUCGCCAGAGGGAAAGGCCCGCUACUUCGAUAACCGUGACAGAGGCUUCAAUGUCCUGAUAUUCAGCUGGUCAUCCACAGACAGCACAGAGGCUGCCUCGAAUGAGUUUUCGAAGGAGAUCAAAGCCUUGUAUAGAUCGGGCAGUUUGACUUCAGAGUUACCCCGGACUCUGUUGAACAAUAUUGCCCCUGAUACGAAGGCUGAUGAGCUGUUUACAGAGAAUCAAGCGAAAGAACUGAAGCGAUUGGUCGGAGUUUGGGAUCCGACGUGUCUGUUCUGGAGGCCAUUAAUUUAG